AUGGAAGAAAAUGACCAGAAUAACAGGGAUGUGGAGCAGCAUCAACAGCAGGAGUCUGGGAAUGAGUCUAACAGGGGGAUCCUGCCCAUUCUCCAGGCUCCUGCAAUCCACCAACCUCAUCACAGGAUCACUAACUUUUUUAUUGAUAACAUCCUACGGCCGGAGUUUGGGAGGAGGAAAGAAGGGACUGUAAGGCAAAGGGAUGAGCUCAUCUUCACGGCCAGGGACAGCUUGCCUAGCUCUGGGGUAGAGUCUGGUCAGAACAGAGCUAAUGUCACUGAUGGAGAAGGGGGAUCCAAAGCCAUCACUGUUACAGUGGAUAAGAAAGCAGAGGUGGAAGGUACUUUGAAGCCCAGAGCUUUAAGUGCAGACCAUUCACUGAGCUCAGACUCCGAUAGUUCCCAAGCCAGCUCCAAUACCAACAAACAACCAAUGCUAUGGCCAGCAUGGGUCUACUGCACUAGGUACUCUGACCGACCAUCUUCAGGUCCAAGAUCUCGUAAACCAAAGAAGAAAAAUAUGAGCAAAGAGGACAAGAGACCCCGGACAGCAUUCACAGCAGAACAACUUCAGAGACUGAAAGCAGAAUUUCAGAAUAACAGGUAUUUGACAGAGCAAAGAAGACAAAGUUUGGCUCAGGAACUGAAUCUGAACGAAUCUCAAAUUAAAAUAUGGUUUCAGAAUAAGAGGGCUAAGAUUAAGAAAGCCACCGGGAACAAAAACUCAUUGGCUUUACAUUUGAUGGCUCAAGGACUCUACAACCACUCUACCACUUCAAAGGACGGCAAAUCAGACAGCGAUUAG